AUGUGUACCCAUAGGCUUGAUCCUCUCAACACCGACGACGGCGGCUUAGAGUGUUUGCAGCGGUUUGAAGACCUUGCAAAAAAGAUUGAGGAUCAGCGUCAAAAAAUCGGACCAUCUGCAAUUACAACAAAUCUCUCUGAACAAGGUCAAGACAUGUUGUUGAAAGUGUGGUACGCAAAAACUGUGGUUCAAAUGCGCUUCUUGGCUUUGCAAGCGGAGCAAAGGCCCUUGGAUCCGGAAACGAGGGUUGGGGGAGGUUCACGGCUUGGCACCCAUGAGAAAGAACGGAUCAUGGAGGCAAUUCAACGUUGGACACGCACAAUGAAGAACAUACUCGACAUCUACAACCGACAUCCUCAAGCCUUCAAAGACCAAUGUCCCAGUCAUCCAAGCGCCCCAGUGAUUGAAUAUAGUGACCUUGUCGCAUUGUAA